GGGGAAGUGGGCAAACCGGGCUAGCGUUGUGCGGGAGCCACCCCCUGAUGUUUCGGGGGCAAGCAGUUCACGACCCUCGAUUACACCAUGCAGACAUAAGUGAAUUCCUGACACACCAGUUUGUUUGCGGCGUUGUCUGGCGUAUCGAAUUUUCCCUGUGGACAGGAUGCUGUCUGAAAGUCUCUUAUAUAGGUAAGCCUACCCUGAUACUUAUGGCUUGGGUACGAGAACUAUCUCACAACCCCCUUUCGGCGCCCCAAGUGCACGACGUCCAAAAGCUACACGAAGCAGAGAACGUGGAUGAAGUCGGUGGACUAAUGAAUGCGACAUUGUGCCCCCUUCCACAAGCUGGUGCCCCAGCCUCUCGCCAAGUGGGGGGUUCGACAAAUCGCCACUUCCGCAACAUCGACUCAACUCUCGAGCAUCUCCUAGAGGUUAGCAACGACGAGAUUCGGACCAAGUCAUGUUGGGAAUCUCGGAAAUGUCGGGUGGCCGGUGAACGAGGACUGCGACGGAAACUCGAGGCUCUGUAGUCUCCAGACGAAUGGGCCUCGGAUAUGCACCGAGUCUAAUAAGCCAAGAGACGAUCGGCCAAACUCAAAUAAUGAAAGAGCGAUGGCAUGUGAUUGGCCUUUUCUUUCCGGCCGCCGGAACAGUGAACAAUGGGGCCCAGUGUCUUCGGGGGGAAGCUCCAUUGCUGCUAGAGACAACGGCGAUGACCCCGAGCGAGGUUUCGCUCUCGACUACGGACGGCCUUGUACUUGGAUUUACUCCCAUCCCGAUGUAUUCAGCUUCGAAAAGACUGCCAUUCCCUCA